UCAAUGGUCAACUUAAACGUAGGCCAAUAAUUGUUAGAUUAAUUUAAAUCUCACACAUCUUUUAAAUUUGGUUUUCGGUAUUAUUUCUAUGAUUCCUAGAUUCAUUUACACUUUAUGAAGUUUUUGUUAUCACUGACAACUUAUCACUAGGCAACGAAUAAAUUGAAAAUCGGUUGAUUAAUAAGACAGCUUGUCGUUGUUUUCCCAUGUUUACAAUCUUUUAAUUUCGGUUAGAAAAAAGUCUUGAUAACUUUAUUAUGGAACAGGUCCAAUAUAAUAUUAAUAACAAGGAUGAACCGGAGGGUAUGAAUUUUUACAAACCAAAUUAUGAAUCCACAAUAGACUUUAAAGCAUUAGAACAGGAUCCAUAUACUAUUAAAAAGAAGGUUGAAUCUGAGAAUGUGAAUAAUUUUUACAAGACAAAUUACGAAUCCACUAUAGACCUCAAAGCAUUAGAAAGUAAUGUAAAUUACUGCAAUAAAAAUAAUAAACCCUCUCUGGAAACACUUUCCAACCUGAAUAAAACUGUAAGAUAUAUACAAGCUAGCGAAGUUCCGGAUGCAUAUAGAAGGAGUCGCAAGAGAACAAACAUGGAUCUUGAUAUGAGAGUGGAACUAUCAAAUCGAGUAGAAAUUUUGAACGCUGCCAGAGGAUUGUUCUCGAAACGGACUAGAACGUUAUACCACUGGAUGUAUCCUGGCGCUUCUAAACAAUAUAUAAAAAAUGCAGUGGCUGCUGCAUGGGAAUCCUUAGGAAAUGAAGAAAAAGAUUUCUAUGUUUCUCAAGUUUUAGGAAAAUUUGGAUACCCUUAUUGUAACCUUAUGGUGAACCCACAACUAGACGGCAUGAAAGAAUUGCCGACGGAACAAGUUCCCGAAACUGUUGACUCUUGGUUCGAUCUGCAGAAAGCAAUGUCAAACAUUUCUGGCAUCAAUAAUCCACAAUCAAUCAGAAAUCGACAGUUCAAUUACCAACGUAAGUACGAAAAAGUUCGUAAUAAAAAAAGUUACCAUCAUGAUCAAAAUACGGAAUAUAAUGGAAUGUACUAUCCUGGUACUGACCCUGAUGAAAUGCGAAAUAAGUCGAAACGAAAGGGAAGACCUUUGGGGAGUAGGAAUAGGAAGGAUUUGAUGCAGCUCGCUACUACCAUGACAAGUCAAGAGUUCAUGGAUGAUCCCGAAUUAAGGACGGAGUUGGAACAUUUCUACAAAUACUGCAAAUAAUUUAUGUUCUAAAAGAUAUUUAAUUUAAUUUAAAGUAUUGAAUAAAUUGUUGACAUUUA